CUUUCUUUUUUUGGUUUAUUUGUUUUUGUAAUUUUACGAUAUUGUUACAAUUUGUUUUUUUAAUAAUGAAAUUGCGCGCAAUUCAAGGAAUUCGACACAUUCGGGCUCUCCCGCUUGCGCCUAUGGUUGCCACUGCGGUGACAGGCACCGGGCGCAUUGCCAGCGCACGAGAACGCAAAUCACAGUACCUCUACUCCGCCGAAAUUAUUGGUUAUAAGCCAAAGGCAGGCCUGCAUUUGCGUGGACGCUGUAGCUACAGCACCAACACCAGCAAUACCAAUUCUGCCGGGUGGAAGACAACCAUUGGACUGGAGCUACACGUGCAACUGACCGCUGCGCAAAAGCUGUUUUCUACCGCCAGCGCCAAAUGGGACGACUCGCCCAACACAAAUAUCAAUAUGGCCGAUGCUGGGCUCCCGGGAUCGUUGCCAAGACUCAAUCCGCAGUGCAUCGAGCUAGCAGCGCGGGCAAUUCUCGGACUCAAUGGCCAGGUGCAACCAAUGACCUCGUUUGAUCGCAAGCAUUACUUUUACUCCGACCAGCCCCUUGGGUACCAGAUCACACAACAAUUGCACCCAAUCGGCCGCGGAGGCUUUAUUGAGUUGGGUCCGGCGGACGGAUUUCAAUACACAAAGAAAGUGCGCAUCCAUCAACUGCAGUUAGAGCAGGAUACGGCGAAGAGCAUUCAUGGUGUUUAUCCGGGAUACGUCUUGACCGAUCUGAAUCGCGCGGGUGUGGCCCUGAUUGAAAUUGUCAGUGAGCCUGAUCUGGAAACGGCCGAGGAGGCCUCGUGUUUUGUGCGCAAAAUGCAGACCCUGUUGAGACACAUUGGUGUGUCCAAUUGCAACAUGGAGGAGGGCUCGAUUAGAUGCGACGUUAAUGUCUCUGUAUACCAAAAGGGCAAGGAUCGGCUUUCCGGCACACGCUGUGAGCUGAAGAACCUCAACAGCCUGAAGGUCAUUCGCGGCGCAAUCGACACCGAGGUCGCAAGGCAGAUUGAUCUGAUAUCCAGAGGACAAGUCGUGGAGCAAGAGACUCGAGGGUUUGAUGCGCGUGGUAACAAGACAUUUCUUGUCCGGUCAAAGGAGGCCGCGCCCGACUACAGGUACAUAGCUGAUCCAGACAUCCCAGCAAUUCGAAUUUCAAAUGGCUGGAUCAAUAAAGUACGGUCAGCUCUCCCUGAACUCCCAGAAGCAACGCGGGCGCGGCUACAGGUACAAUACGGUCUGCUCCAAGAGGAUGUGGAAACCAUGAUCAAUGAACCCGGAUGCGUUCAAUUUUUCGAACAAUCUGCAAAUGGCCGCGAUCCCAAGCGUGUGUCAUCCUGGAUCACAUCAGAGAUAUUUGGCCAGCUGUCGUAUCGCACCCAGAAUUUUGCGGAUACCCCGCUGACGGUUGUACAGCUUUGCGAUCUUUUAGAUUCUCUAGCGAGUGACAGUAUUACGUCGGCCCAAGCAAAGCAAUUGCUGAUAAACUUUAUGGAUGGUGAUCGGCGCAGUGCUCAGGAGCUCAUUCAGGAACAUGGUUGGAAAAUCAUGGAUGACCAGGCACAGCUCAAUGAUCUUGUGUCCAAGAUCCUGGACGAGCACCCAAAGGAGGUUGCCGGCUAUUUGAAAGGACAGAAGCGUCGGCUAAACUUUUUUGUUGGCAAGGCUAUGGAGGAGACUAAGGGACAAGCUCGCCCUCAGGACAUUAGCCGCAUUGUUAAGCAAUUACUUGAUGCCAGAAGCAAAUAGAGUAUUCAUUAAUGUAUUCACGCGAGUUAAAUCCAAUAUUAAAUUUAUAUUAUUAAAGCACAUCUUUAAAUAUAAAACGAC